AGAGAGAGAAGAGCCUCUUCUUCUUCUUCUUCUUCUUCUUCUUUGCUUAGAGCUCUUGCCCUAGCUUCUUACUGCGCGUCCAUGGCGGCGCAGGGAGGCGGUAUCGUGUAGGAUCAGUGGGCAGAGCAAAAACCUCGCUGGUGAUGGAUACGCCGGAUAAGAACCGCAUCGCAGCGGUUCCUCUCUGCAACUUCGAGGAUUCUCCUGUUUUUAAGUACAUCAACGAUCUCUCUCCCAUAGAGCCGGUUAAGUCAGCUCUUGCUGAUAACAUCUUGAACUCUUUUGCCUUUGCAUCACCUUCGGCGUUAUUCACUUCGCCACAGAUCAACCCUAAUCGAGAAUCUAGGUUUUCAAUUAAAAGGCAUCGAUCUUCUCCGGACAUACCGAAUCCAGUGUUCCUCCUUGAUGGAACUGUAAAUAACUCAAGGGAUCUUCCGGAAGCUGUUAAGUCAUCCGAACUACGUGGUGAGCAGGUCAAGUGUGAUAAGUUUAACCAGUUGGAUAAAAGUUCUGAAACCAAGCCACUCAAGGAGCAUUUCAGCUUGGCAAUUGAGUUGGCAAAGGCCUUGAAAAAUGGAGGUGAUGGAUGCGAUAUUCAAAUGGUUUCUUGUGAUCAAAUAUCAGCUGGCACUGAAAAUGGAAAAGGAAGCAUUGAAUCAAUGACAAAAUCUGAUGAAGAUACACAACCAAAUUAUCCAACUGAACUUGGUGUUGAUUUGACACUGUUUCAAACUGAUGAAAGGGAGAGUUACAACGGGUCUGGCAUGACGAACUCGAACUCUGAUGAUGGUGGUAUCCUGGAUAGUGAGCAACAGAAUCAGAGGAUAGCAGAUCCUGGAACCAAUUCUCUUGCUUUAGCUCCCCUGCAGUUUUCACCUGUUUGUCAUAACUCGGAGAAUGUAAAUGCAGGAGGUUUUUGUGGUGUACAAGAUGCUUCUGGAGCUCCAGACAUCACUUUUAGCUGUUCAGCUGAGGUAAUUGUUAAUGAUUCAGAUGCCAAAACCGAAGACAAGGAAGAAAAAUGCUUCCAGCCCAGCCGAAAGCAACGGAGUAUCCGGAGGCGCUGUUUGACUUUUGAUGUGGGUGGAUCUUGCAAAAAGAAGCCUCUGCGUGAUUCCACAAAUGACCCUCCUACAGAACCGGCAUCCGUCAACAAGGUUCCUUCUCCUGAAAUGCUGCCAGUCCCCAGCAAGAAGGAUCCAGAUGAUAUUCCACCAAUUCCAACGAUUGGUUUGCACUUGAAUGGUCUCGUGAACACCUCAACCAAUCAGAAUAAAUUAAUAUGUAAAGUUGGUCGUGUUCUUUCUCUUGCUCCUAUGACAUCUAAUCAGAUACUUGACAGUCAGAUCUCAACUCCGGUUUCCACAAAAAGAGUUUUGGCUUCUUGUGAUAAUGAAAUUACAGAGGAGGGUCCUGAGAAAUUUACAGAUGCAGAAUGUUUUGACAAUGAUGUUCUGACAGGAGAGAGGAAGCAAUUAGAUGGACUCGAUGAAAGCGUCAGCUGCAAACGCUGUAAAUGCAGAAGGUCAAAAUGCUUGAAACUAUAUUGUGACUGCUUUGCUGCUGGACUGUAUUGUAUUGAACCUUGUUCAUGUCAAGAUUGUUUCAACAAACCCAUUCAUGAAGAGUUAGUUAUGAACACACGUCGACAGAUUGAAGCUCGUAAUCCACUAGCUUUUGCUCCAAAAGUGGUCACCUCAGUCGAUUCUGCUUCAGAUUUCAGGGACGAGAACAUCAAAACUCCUGCUUCCGCCAGACACAAACGAGGAUGCAACUGCAAAAAAUCAAGCUGCUUAAAGAAAUACUGUGAAUGCUUUCUGAUGGGUGUUGGAUGCUCUCCAAGCUGCAGAUGUGUAGGCUGUAAGAAUACUUUUGGACAUAAAGAUGAGCAAUUCCACUUUCCCUGUGCUCAAGAACCUGAUGCAGUCAUGAUCAACGAGGAAGACAGAGAGCAAGAUGUGAAAGAUCCAAAUGCGCAUCAUGAUGUUGAUCAUAACGAUAUUGGUGCUCCUAGCAGGAAGGUACUAGAAUGUCCAUAUCUGGAGUCGGAACGGUGUCUGCAAGUCAUACCAGGAGAGGGAACAUCAGAAAUUAUAAGCAGUAGUAACCAAAUGCUGCUCCUGAGUUCUAUAUCACCAUUUCCUUCCCUCACAUCACCAUGAGAUUUCGAAACAAGAACAACAACAAUUCGGUCUCCUGUUCUUCCCGUUACUCAUGCCGGGGAUGAUUCUUCUUGAUUUUUGCCUCUGGUCUCUGUGGGAAAGUAGAAGAACAAACCAAGAUUCUAUGUUAGAAAGCUGUGUGUGUAUCAGUGUGGGUUAUCUUCAUUUCAUAUUUGUGUUGUAGGGUGUUCUGUAUGUAGAAGUUUUGCUUAGGAUGCGAUAUGAUGUGUAUAUGUGUGUUACUUCAGUUGUAAGAGCUGGUUUGUAUUUCUGUCUUCAACUCAAGUUGGUAAUUUUCUUCCAAGCCAUUGGCUAGUUAGUGCUGGGUCGACUAUGUUUCCACGGUGCA